AUGUCUAACAUUUUAGCAUGUUACCAACUCCUAGAACUCAAUGUCAUAUCCGCACAAGACUUAGCUCCGGUGGGUCGUUCCAUGCGGACUUAUGCAAUUGCAUGGAUUGACCCAGAUCGCAAACUCUCCACCCGGGUUGAUUCUCAGGGUGGAACCAACCCAACAUGGAAUGACAAGUUUGUCUUUCGAGUUGAUGAAGAUUUUUUAUACGAUGAGGAGUCAGUAAUUACAAUUGACAUCUAUGCUCUUCAUUGGUUUCGAGACAUCCAUGUGGGCAGCGCUCAGGUGCUCUCGGGUGACCUUUUCCCACCACCAACACAACCCCAAAAAAAUACCUACAAAUCUACAGGUAUGCAAUUUAUGGGGCUCCAAGUCCAAAGGCCCUCGGGUCGCCCCAAAGGGAUUUUGAACAUCGGUGCGGCUAUAAUUGACAGCUCCAUGCGGAGCAUGCCUCUCUACACACAGAACUCCCCAGCCGUUGGAUACAGUCAUGACGAUCUCAAUAAGCCAAGCCAUCAAGCCAAGUCAGAGCUUCGGCGCACAAAGAGUGACUCCAGCUCAAUGCUCGGCUCGGAAGCCAUAGCUCCUGAGCACCAAGCCAAGGCUAGAAAGGGAAAAGCAAGCUCCCAAAUUACCCCUUCCGAAGUAAGCACCAAGAGUAAAAACAAGACCAGCUCCACAUUGAGUGACUCAAAUGUGAAGGCAACCCCAAAGAGGGGUAAAUUGGGUAGAAAGAAGACGAAAAUAACAUCUCAUGACUCACAAAACAACCUCAAUGCAAGGCUAUAUGUUGAUUACCAAGUAAAGUCCACGCCAAAGCGAGAGUUUCAAAACACUCCCUCGAGGACUUACAACAAUAACAACAAUAAUUAUAAAGGUAACCUGAGAGCCACUCCAUUGCAUGCAUUUGCGGUGACAAACGCGGCAUUAGAAUAUGGCACCCCAUAUCGGUCAAACUUGGGUCGUCGUCCCUUUAUGACGGACUCUGAACUGGGUCCGUCAGCUUCGGAGGUUGCAGCAGUGGUGGCGAGACUACCGAUCGAGGAGGGAGAGAAUUCUACGGUGGGAGGGUGGAGCUUGGAUGAUAGUGUGGAGGGGUUGCAACCUAAAGUGGAGAGGUGGCAAACAGAGCUGCCGCCGGUGUAUGACGGCAGCGAGAGGUCAAACAUGACAACGUCAAGCAAGAAAGGGAAGCAUUCACGUAGGCAAACAGAUGGUGGAAAUGGCUUGUUCUCUUGCUUUAGUGUUAUAUGUGGUGUUGAGUGCUCUAUUGUUUGUGGUGGCGGUGACAACAACAAGAAGAACCGGCGCCGCCGGGUUCAGUCAGUGGACAAUGAAAGCUUUCUAUAA